CUAUUUAAUCAAUAGACCGCAUACACGAUUGGAUUUAGUAAUGUGGUUUAAGACUAUAAAAAGUACUAUAUAAUUAUAUCACAACAACUAUACAUAAUAGUGUUUUUUUAAUUUAAUCAUCACACUGAAUAUUCAUGCAAGUUGCAAACAUAAAUACCAUAUACCUGUCUUUAUAGGUCUAUAGUAAAUACUAUUUAAUAGUAUUUCUAGUCAUUUUUAUAACUUAUACGUAUAACAAUAUACAACGUAUUAAAUAUUAAACCGUGCUCGUUCCUCAUGGACGAAUUAUUAUACUCUUAUAAUCUCUCUAGUCUCUAUACGAAUUUUUACUCUUUGUCUUUACUGUUUUAACUUAUCAAUUGACAGUUUAUUUCGGAUGUCUUAUCAUACAAGUUAACUUGGAUCUAGAUAGUAGAUAUAACUUAUGUUCAUAAUUCAUAUUAUUGUAAAACGGAUAAAGUAUUAUACUUUUUAGCUAUAAAUUCUAUGAAAUAUCGUGUACCGUCAACCGUGUAAUGAAAAUCAUUAACCAAUCUGUCGUGUGUUUAAUUUAAAAACAUAUUUUUAAUAACUGAGCUUGUACAUUUAUAAACGGGUAUGAAUAACCCAUUUUUAUUAAAACAGCAACUUAAAGAAAAUGAAGAGGAAUUGUCUAAAUAUUUGCGUGACAUGAAAAUUUGGCAAGAUAAAAUGAAGAGAAAAGAUCCUUCAGCAUUACCUGAAAAAAAUAUUGAACAAAAAAAACCCAAAAUAAGUCAUUCAAAUAAUUCUAAUACUGAAAAACCACAAAAACUAUCUUCAUAUGACUAUUCAGCUUGGGAGAAAUUUGAUGUGGAAAAAGCGUGUGAAGAAAUUGACACCAAAUGUGAAACGAAAGAACAUACAAAUAAUGUUAAAUUGGUUGAAGAUUAUAUUGACAAUGAAUUACAAACAAAACAAUCAAACGCAGUUUAUGAAAAAAAUCUGGGCAAUGCUUUGGUUCAAAAACAAAAAUGGUCUGAGGCUAUAUUGAGAUACACAAGAGCAAUAGAGUAUUAUGAUAGAGAUCCUGUUUUUUAUGCAAAUCGAGCAUUGUGUUACCUUAAGACUAAAGAAUUUAAAAAGGCAAUUAGUGAUUGUUUUCUCUCUCUUAAGUUAGACAACACAUAUGUUAAAGCAUAUCAGAGGCGAAGUGCAGCAUACACAUCUUUGAAUAUGUACACAGAAGCUAAAAGUGACCUGUAUGAAGUAAUAAAAUUGGAACCAAAUAAUAAGGAGGCAAAACUUGAAAUAGAAAAGCUUAACAAAGCAGAAUCACAAAAAUCUGAAAUAAAAACUAAAUUUCCUAUUACAAAAAAGGAAUCUAAAUUAUUUAGUGAAUUAGAAAAUUCAACAAAAACGGUGUCUCCCAAGUGGCCUUUAAGAAUGCAUUACAAACAAGUGUUUUCUGUUCAAAAGCCUCCUCAUUUAAGAUCAAAAAAACCAUUAUUAAAACCUAAAAUAAAAGAUACACAAGUGGAGGAGCAAGACAAUGGCGACAAUAUGAAGUUACUUCAAAACACAUUACAAGAAGUUCUAUCAGGUGUCAAAAAGGAAUCGAAAAUAUUUCCAAAUAAAUCUGUUGAUCCAAUAGGAAAGAGAGGUUCUCUUGUGUCUGAAGAAGUUUCUUUUGAUUUAAACAUACCACCUCCACCUAAGACUUAUGUUCAGUUAAAACAAGAUUGGGCAUCUUUACAAUCCAAUUCAAAGCUAUUAUUUCAGUACCUAAAACAAAUUCCUGGAAAACGCUUACCUUUCAUUGUACAAAAUUCUAUGGAUAAUGAUUUAUUUGUGGAUAUAUUACAAGUCCUUAAUUCAGAAUUUGUUAGUAAUCAAUGUAAUGUACUUGAUUAUUUGAUUGGUAUUAGUGAAUUACCAAGACUGCAAAUGUUAUUAAUGUUUUGUUCAGCAGAUCAGUUAUCAUGUUUACAUAGUUUACUCAAAUACGCAUCAAAAUCCAACACACCAAAUCACAUAAUGAAACAACUUAAGAGAUCCUUUGGAAUAUAAAAUUUAUUAUUUAUUGAUCAUAUAAUUAUUUUAUUAUUAAAAUGUAGCCAAAAGAGCUUCAAACCAGCAAUAUUUAUUUUUUAGAGGUUAAAGUUGUUUAAAAGAAAAUAACCUUAUAUGUGUACCUCAAAUAAAGAAUUUUGUUAAUUAUUUAAAUUUGGUAUUUAUUGACUGUACAGUACGUACAGUGACAAUAAACUUAUACCAGAACAGAAACAAUUGCUUAAAAGCUAGUAGAGUGGGAGGAAUAUUACUAAGAAAAAAACUACGCAUAAAAAUUAGGAAGGCCACAAUACAGAUUGUGUACUCGCCUCAAUGUUAUAUGUUGAUACCAUUAAAAUAAAACAUUAAA